AAAAUUUUGAGAUUCAACUCUAAAAGAGUUUGAGAUUGAUUCUUUCAGCUAGCAUAUAUACCCUAAAAUAUUGAAUAUAUUAAAAUGCAAUAAAGAUGUCAUGAAUCGCAUGAUGAUGUUACUUGGAUGGCUAUGAUUAUUUGCUGCUGCUAACAACUGGGGAAGGCUGGAUCUUGAGUCUACCCUCACUUCAAUUCCCUCAUUUAAGUCAAUUCUUCAUUCAAUGUAGAUUUCCCAAUUCAUUUAUUUGGGGAAAAGCUCAAUCUUGAUUCUGCUCUGCAUAAGAACAUCCACUUCCAUCAUCUGAGUCAGUUUUUUAAUGGAGGUUUCUGAAGAAAGAGAGCUUCUGCUUAUGGUGGAUGGAGAUGGGGAUGAUGAGCCAGGAACCAAGAUUGAGGUGAAGGGGCUUACAAGGGUUUCAGACAAGGGUCUUACUCUUCUGAACCAGAUCAGCUUAGACAUACCCAGAGGUCUGAUCAUGGGGAUCAUUGGCCCUAGUGGCAGUGGAAAGUCAACGUUCCUCAGAGCACUCAACCGCCUAUGGGAGCCUGCAAAUGGCGCAGUGUUCUUGGAUGGCAAAGACAUAUGUGAUCUUGAUGUCCUCACCCUUCGCUGCAAGGUUGGCAUGCUGUUUCAGCUCCCUGCUCUCUUUGAAGGCACAGUUGCAGACAAUAUCAGAUAUGGGCCACUUUUAAGGGGGAAGAAGCUAAGUGAUGAUCAAGUCCUCAGAUUGCUUAGUCUUGCAGACCUUGACUCCUCUUUCUGCAACAAGCCUGGUGGUGAACUGUCUGUUGGCCAAGCUCAGAGGGUUGCACUUGCUAGGACCUUAGCUAAUGAGCCAGAGGUUCUCCUGUUAGAUGAGCCAACCAGUGCACUGGAUCCAAUAUCGACGCAGAAUAUUGAGGAUGUUCUUGUCCGGCUCAAGAAGGAGAAGAGAAUGACCAUUGCAAUGGUCUCUCACAGCAUCAAGCAAAUACAGAGAAUAGCUGAUGUGGUCUGCCUUCUUGUUGAGGGUGAAAUUGUGGAGGUUUUAAAGCCUGAUCAGCUCUCUCAAGCUAAACAUCCCAUGGCACAAAGGUUUCUUCAACUAAGCUCAUAGUUUUGUUUUCAUAAUAUUGUCUGCUUACUGUACUAUGUAUGGAGGAAAAGAAAACUUGUUAAAACUGUAUCUUUUCUCAUGUAAUAUCUGGUGUAUAUUAAGUAUAAAUCUCAAAGGGGUAAUAUCUUAAUGUAGCACCAAUAUGCAUAUGCUCAUUGUGUGCUAUUACUUUGUACUAGUAUAUCAAAAUAUUUUAAUUUGCAGUAAUCAUUGCUCAGA